AUGACGRAAGGUUGCAGCACCAUACUCACAAGCAAAAUUCUUGCAMAGAUGAAAKAUCCUGAGAGUUUKACCAUACCAGUUUCAAYUGGAGGACAAYAGAUAGGACUUGCCUUAUGURAUCUGGGCGYCAGCAUCAAUCUCAUGCCGCUAUCAAUUUACAACAAGUUGGGCAUUGGAGAAGCAAGGCCCAGAACAAUGACAUUAAAACUGGAAGAUCGAUCCAUUAUGCAUCCAGAUGGAAAAAUUGAAGACGUUUUGGUACAAGUAGAUAAAUUUAUUUUCCCUGCUGACUUCAUUAUUUUGGAUUAUGAAGUAGAUAAGGAGGUUCCUAUUAUUCUUGGAAGACCAUUCCUCCCAACUGGGAGAGCAUUGGUAGAUGUCCACAAAGGAGAGCUGACAAUGCGUGUGCAGGAUCAAGAAGUGAAAUUCUCGAUACAUGASUCCAUGAAAUUUCCUGCUGAAUCAGAAGAGUGCWCAAUAUUAAAGMUAUGGGAUGAAGCAUUAAUGAAGGAGUUGGAAACAGAACCUAUGCUGGAGCAUCUAGAAGCAGUURACGUUGAAAGUGUUGUCGACGCGUUUGAAGAGGAACUAGAAGAUGUCUAG